CACGUGGACACACGCACAGGCACCCUCUUCCUCUCCCCGUGCACCGCCCACGACCCCACCCUACCUCCCGCUGCGUCCGCCGCGCACCGGGUCCCGCGUGUCCAGGCCCGUGUCCGCGACCGGAAGUGGGCGACCGGCCGGCGCAGCGCCGCCACCAUCGCCGCCAUGGUCCGGGGACCUCAGGCGGCCGGGGCUGCCCUUCGCGCUGCCUGAGCCCUUCGCGCCUCCCGGGCAGACCUGUGCGCGGCCUGGGCGAGAUGAUACUCGCUGUCAUCUCAUUGGGUGUCCUGUUGUUGGCCCUCCUCCUGUUCCUGCAACGCGUGGAAAGGGGCUUGGUAGCUAUCUUCUGGUUUGAAUUCGUGCAGCAGCCAGUCCAGAACCUGCUCAUGGGUAACACAAAGGAGCAGCGCAUCCUUCGCCAUGUGCAGCAGCAUGCCAAGCCUGGAGACCCCCAGAGCGUCCUGGAGGCCAUUGACACCUACUGUUCAGAGAAGGAGUGGGCCAUGAAUGUUGGUGCCAGGAAAGGCCAGAUAUUGGAUGCAGUGAUUCAGGAGUACAACCCCCUGCUGGUGCUGGAGCUAGGAGCUUACUGUGGCUACUCAGCCACGCGGAUAGCCCGCCUGCUGCCGCCUGGAGCCAGGCUUCUCACCAUGGAGAUGAACCCUGACUAUGCUGCCAUCACCCGGCAAAUGCUGAACUUGGCAGGCCUGCAGGACAAAGUCACCAUCCUCAUUGGGGCAUCCCAAGACCUCAUCCCGCAGCUGAAGACCAAGUGUGAUGUGGACACCUUAGACAUGGUCUUUCUUGACCACUGGAAAGACCGCUACCUGCCAGACACACAUCUCCUGGAGGAAUAUGGCCUGUUGCGCAAGGGGACAGUUCUUCUAGCUGACAAUGUCAUCGUCCCGGGAGCCCCUGACUUCCUGGAAUAUGUGCGGGGGAGCAACAAGUUCGAGUGCACACACUACAGCUCAUACCUGGAGUACAGGGAAACGGUAGACGGCCUGGAGAAGGCACUCUACAAGGGUCCAAGCAGCCCAUGACGUCUGGACCAUCAGCCUACCCUGAGAUGCCCUUCCCGCUUCCUUCUGCAAGAUGACACACACUCACACUGACCCCGCUAUGCUUCUGGAGCCUGUCCUCAAGGGCUAUGGCUCCAUAUUGUCAGCACUGGCACACUGAAGGUAGUGAGCUCACCAUCCAUAACCACUGCAAUAGACCUGGAAAGCACCUGUGAUAAAAGGCUGCAUUGAGCUGGAGGUGCAAUGGUCCCAGUGCCUGCCCCUCAUGCAAGAGGCCUUGAGUUUAAUCCUAAACGCCAGAAAACAAAAGGGAUUAAAAAAUAAAUAAAAGUCAAAGCAGGUGUCAUCCUGCUGGUGUCACCAACGGUGUCACCUAAGAGAUUCUCACAGGGUCAGUGGCAGAUCCCUGGGCACUGCCAUCACCAAUUAGGCCCAGCAAGAAGUCAGGAAACUGGAAAUAUCCAGAUGCCGUUUGGCUGCUACCAAAUGGCAACAGUGCGUGUGACAAUUCUGUCACCAGCAACUCACACUUCAUCUUAAGAGUGAAUCAUCAGCUUUCCAGGUGUGGUGGCGCACAUCUUUAAUGCCAGCACCCAGGACUUAAGGC